CCUUUUAUUUCCCCUACAAUCACUCUCUCUUCAUUCAUUUGAUCAUCUCUAGUACAAACUUUACUACGUGUAAACUCUCUUUAAAUUCCCACCAUUUUUUACAUCUUUUUUUGCUAAAUCAUUCUCUCAAAUUUACUCUAGGAAAAUAUUUUUGUUUUGGAGGUUAAAAUGGUGGUAAAUGCAGUAGACUCAGCAACACAAACGUUGGAUUACGAAUCUGACCAAGAGUCGUACACGCUGCAUGACCUAGGAGGGUCGAGUCCACGGGUUGUGGUGGAUACAUCCCCGCCUUUCAUGUCCGUUGAAGAAGCCGUAAUUCGGUUCGGGGGUCGUGGGUUUUGGAUCCCCCAACCUUUACUUGCCGUUGAUGCUGCUAAUGCUACAACUGAUGACAAUUCUCAUAAACUUGAUGAAAGAGCAGCAACAAUGUUGAAAGAUCUUCAAAGAAAAGAACAAGAAACACAUGAAAUCUUGAAAGAACUUGAGUUAACCAAAAGACUUGUAGAAGAGCUAAAGUUGAAAGUGCCAAAAGAUGAAACUCAUGUUCAAUGCACAUCAAACUCAUGCUCGGGUUUUGAAAGGCAAGUAUCCACCCCGAAUCACGAGUAUGUGAACAAGUAUCCUGUUGAUUUCACUGAACAGCCAACAGUCAAGAAUGAAGAGCAAUUGAACUUGUUUCCAUCAACUGCUGCUGGACUAAUUAUGAUGGAAUUAAAGCAAGCGAAAAACAAUCUUUAUCAGAACACCAAUGAUCUUGCUGAACUUCGCGCUUCUGUUGAGGCUCUCAGUAAGAAAAUGGAGAAAGAAAAGGCCUCAGUGGUAUUGCAAAAUUCGCGUACUGUCAAUGAAGCAAGACAGGAAAUGAAGGUCAAGAAUGAGGUGGAUAAUAUGGGUGGAUCAUUUAAUCCGUUAGCAAUAUCAAGAGAGCUACGAGAGUUGAAUUAUGAGGCCGAGCAAUUUAUGAAGACAGCUGAAGCAGCAAGAUCAGAAGUUCUGAAGGCAAUGUCAGAUGUAGAGCAGACGAAAACAAGCCUUAAAGUGAUAGAAAUGAGGUGGGUUGUAGCCAAGAAACUCGAGGAUGCUGCUAAGGCGGCUGAAUCUCUUGCUUUAGCUGAGAUCAGGGCUUUAUCGAGCAAUGAAAGCAUAUCAUUUGAUAGUUACAAUAAUCAGCAAGAGAGAAUAAGUCUGUCAGUUGAAGAGUAUUCUGCAUUAACUGACAAGGCUCAAAAAGCUGAAAACCUGUUUAAAAGAAGGGAACAGAUAGAUGCCUUCAGAAGGAUUGAAGAAGCAUCUGAGGAGAGACUAAGUAAGAUGGGAUUCAGAAACUCUUUACCUGCACGCCCUCGAAGGGAUUCUAGGCUACUCAAUUCAAAUGAUUACGAGUAUUCCAGAAAUAUAAAUGAUCAAUGUAAGCAGGCUGCUAGGCCUGCUACGACUUCAAUAGGAGACAUUUUGAGCAGGAAACUUGUUCUGAGGGAUGAUUUAGAGGUUGGCAGGCAGGAAGAAAGUGUUGGUGAGGGCAGGGGAGGGGGCGGGGGAGGGAGGCAAAGGGUGUCAUUGAAUCAAAUGUUGCGACGACAUAGAGGUGAAUCAACACCGCCUCCUAAGAGAAGAGAGAAAGAUGGUAAUGAAGGGAAGAAUUUCUUCUCCAAGAGAAAGGCUCUUGGGUUUGUGCAUAUUUCACUUCCAAUGUCUAAGCAGAGUAAAAAUAAGAUUCAGAGUUUGAAUUUUUGGCGAGGGGAUGAUGAAUAGAUCAACAUUAUUGUUGUUGUAUUUCUUGUUCUGAAUGACAUAUUCUUUAUCAGCUUGUGUUUGUACUGUGUUCCUUAUUGGUUGUGUGGUGUUUGUUCAUGCUACUUAUAUGCUUAUGUAUGUAAAGGGGUUGCUAUAUCUGAUUUGUACUUGUAUCUGGAGUGAAAAUUGAUAUCAGCCUUGUGUUAUUUAUGCCUGUAUAACCUUUGCUCGA